AUGUCAACCACUAGUACUCUUCCUUCAGAUAUAGCAUCCGCAUCACCUUCCACUCCCUGCAAUGUCAGCCACCAGUACUUUCCUUCAGAUAUAGCAUCCACAUCAGUCAUCCACUUCAUCUGCAAUGUCAGCCACUAUACUCUUCCUUCAGAUAUAGCAUCUACAUCAGCAUCCACUCCUGCAAUGUCAACCACUGUCCUCUUCCUUUCAGAUAUAGUCACAUCAGCAUCCACUCUUGCAAUGUCAGCCACUAGUACUCUUCCUUCAGAUAUAGCAUCUACAUCAGCAUCCACUCCUGCAAUGUCAACCACUAGUACUCUUCCUUCAGAUAUAGCAUCUACAUCAGCAUCCACUCCUGCAAUGUCAGCCACUAGUCCUCUUCCUUCAGAUAUAGCAUCCCACAUCAUCCACUCUCCUGCAAUGUCAGCCACUAAUAUAGCAUCCACAUCAGCAUCCACACCUGCAAUGUCAGCCACUAGUCCUGUUCCUUCAGAUAUAGCAUCAAAUCACCUUCCAGUCCUGCAAUGUCAGCCACUAGUACUUUCCUUCAGAUAUAGCAUCUACAUCAGCAUCCACUCCUGCAUCAUCCAUAAGUACCAUCCACAGCAUCUACACCUGCAAAUGUCAGCCACUAGUACUCUUCCUUUCAGAUAUAGCAUCUACAUCACCUUCCACUCCAGCAAUGUCAACCACCAGUACUCUUCCUUCAGAUAUAGCAUCCACAUCAGCAUCCACACCUGCAAUGUCAGCCACUAUACUCUUCCUUCAGAUAUAGCAUCUACAUCACCUUCCACUCCUGCAAUGUCAACCACUAGUACUCUUCCUUCAGAUAUAGCAUCUACAUCAGCAUCCACUCCCUGCAAUGUCAACCACUAG